CCUCAGGCCCAGAUCCCUACGUGACCGCUUUUUCCAGCUAUUUUUCGGCUUUCCGUUGCCGAUAUUUCCUCUCUCUAGCCUUCACUCUUCAAGCUCUCAACUUCCUUCUUCACUAGAAUUCAUGAAUUUUCUCCGUUUGUUUUGAAUUUUCUUUUUCUUUUUUCGAGAUUUCAGUGCUCGGUUUCUCGAAUGAAUUAGCAAAAUUGAAUAACUUUUGACCGCUCGCGCUCAUGCUUGCAGUUGUUGAGAAAUAUAUUUGAAUAAUCGAGGUGAGGUUUUAGUUGAAAUUGAAUUCGAGAUCGCGAUCGCUGUAAGGAAUUUGAUAAGAACUCGGCAGUUUCGAGUUCAUAUUUGCUGAUGUGAGGUGUAAUAUUUGAGGAAUUUACUGCAAUUGGAAGUGAUCGGACAAAAAGUUUCGGAUUAGGGUUUUUGGAAGCGCGGAUCUUGUACGGAUCAUUAAUGCAGAGUUUGAUCUCUCCUGGCAAGUUGACGGUUCUUUUUCACCUUAUUUUUUGAAUUAUAGUGGAAGAGAAGAGACUGACUGAGUAGAGCCUUGUGGAGUCAUUUCUUGGAGUAACAAUCAUGGCGCAGAGUAAUUGGGAAGCAGAUAAGAUGCUUGAUGUCUACAUUCAUGACUAUUUGUUGAAAAGAAAAUUGCAUAAUUCUGCGAAAGCUUUCAUGACAGAAGGAAAAGUUGCUACCGACCCUGUAGCUAUUGAUGCUCCGGGAGGAUUUCUUUUUGAAUGGUGGUCUGUAUUCUGGGACAUCUUCAUUGCAAGGACAAAUGAGAAGCAUUCUGAGGCAGCUGCAGCUUACAUUGAGACACAACAAAUUAAAGCAAGGGAGCAGCAGCAACAACAGCUGCAAAUGCAGCAGUUGCAACUCAUGCAGCAACGCAACGCCCAGUUACAACAACGAAGGGAUCCUAACCAUCCUCCUCUUGGGCCUAUGAACUCAAUGAACUCUGAAGGAAUGAUUGGACAACAAUCUGCGAGUGUAUUAGCUAUGAAGAUGUAUGAAGAACGAAUGAAACAUUCAAAUUCCAUGGAUUCGGAGACAUCUCCUGGCCUUAUUGAUGCUAACAGGAUGGCACUUCUCAAGUCGGCUUCCAAUCAACAAGGACAGUUGAUGCAAGGCAAUUCUGGUAGCAUGUCUGCGGCUUUGCAGCAAAUGCAAGGGAGGCCUCAACUGGCAACUGACAUUAAAGGGGAAGUCAACUUGGCGGCACCUCAAAAAUCUUUGCCCAUGGACCCUUCAUCGCUAUAUGGGCAAGCAAUUCUUCAGUCAAAAUCUGGACUUGGUGGUGCAGGGUUGAGUCAAGGAGUAACUGGUCUUCCACUGAAGGGUUGGCCUCUCACAGGGAUUGACCAAAUACGACCAAGUAUGGGUUUACAAGUACAAAAGCCUAAUCUGCAGAACCAGAACCAGUUUCUCUUGGCAUCACAGCAGCAGCAGGUUCUAGCACAAGCCCAGGUGCAAGGGAACCUUGGAAAUUCAUCUAACUAUGGGUUCGGAGGAUUACCAAGGGGUAAUUUUAAUGCAAAAGAUGGUCAGCCUCCACGAAAUGAUGGAUCUAUUUGCUCCCCCGUUCAAUCUAAUUCACCAAAGAUGAAAAUGGGCCAAAUGCAACAGCCUUCAUCUCAACAACAGGAUCAGUUGCAGCAGCAGCAACAACAGCAGCAAUUGCAACAGAGUAACAGGAAAAGGAAACAACAUUCUUCAUCAGGGCCUGCCAACAGUACAGGUACCGGAAACACAGUGGGUCCUUCCCCAGCAUCACCGCAAUCAACACAUACCCCUGGUGAUGGAAUGACUACUGCUAGCAGCCUUCAGCAUGUUAAUAGUGUCUCCAAGAGUAUGAUGAUGUAUGGAGCAGAGGGAGCUGGUGGAAUUGCAUCAUCUACAAAUCAGCUUGAUGACUUGGAGACUUUUGGAGAUGUCGGUUCCCUUGAAGACAAUGUUGAAUCCUUUUUGUCACAUGAUGGAGGAGACGGAAAUUUGUAUGGCUCUUUGAAACAAACUCUUACUGAACAUAAAACAGAGACUUCUAAAGGUUUUUCAUUUGGGGAGGUUGGUUGUAUACGGACAAGAAAUAAAGUGACUUGUUGCCAUUUUUCUUCGGAUGGGAAGUUGUUAGCUAGUGCUGGGCAUGACAAGAAGGCUGUUCUUUGGAACAUGGACACUCUGCAAACAGAGACUACCCCAGAAGAACAUCAAUAUUUAAUUACAGAUGUCCGCUUCCGGCCAAAUUCGACUCAGCUUGCGACUGCUUCAUUUGACAAGUCCGUUAGAUUGUGGGAUGCAGCCAAUCCAGGCUAUUGUCUACAUGCUUACACAGGACAUACUUCACAUGUCAUGUCCCUCGAUUUCCAUCCUAAGAAGAAUGAUCUUUUCUGUUUCUGUGAUAGUAACAAUGAAAUACGUUAUUGGAGUAUAAGUCCAUUUUCAUGCACUCGGAUGUCCAAGCAAGGAGGCAGUGCACAAGUGAGAUUUCAACCUAUAACUGGACAUCUACUAGCAGCAGCAUCAGACAAGGUGGUUUCUAUAUUUGAUGUUGAAAAUGACAGGCAAACACAUUCUUUCCAGGGACAUUCCGGUGUUGUGAACUACCUGUGCUGGGAUCUCAGUGGUGAUCUCUUGGCUUCUGUCAGUGAGGAUAGCAUUAAAGUUUGGUCAUUGGCCUCUGGAGAGUGCAUCCAUGAGCUCAACUCCAACGGGAACCAAUUCCAUUCCUGUGUGUUUCAUCCAAGUUAUUCUGCUCUCUUGGUGAUUGGAGGUUUGCAGUCGAUGGAGCUAUGGAACAUGGUCGAGAACAAAAGCAUGACUGUUCCUGCACAUGAGAACAUAAUUGCUGCCUUGGCACAGUCACCUCUGACAGGGAUGGUAGCCUCUGCUAGUCACGACAGUUCUGUCAAGCUAUGGAAAUAAGCCGGCAUGACUGGUCUGGUCCGAAAUUGUUAAAAUUGACAUUCAGGAAACUUGCCAUAGCUUAGGGGUGUUCUCUCUUGGUCUUUGUAAGAAAUGUGAACUAGUGUUAGGUGUUUGAGUGUCUUCAAGAUUUUCGGAUCGACUUUGACUAAGAUUACAAGCACACCAAGCAGACUGAUCGAUAUAUGCAGAGCAAGUGUUGAUAAGGGUUCAUAAUUCCGCUUGUGGGCUAUGCUAUUCUUAUUUGUAUCCUUUUCCUGCCAAAGCUAAUGGGUUUGUCUCAACUACUGAAAACAGGCCAUAAUGUAAAUGACGAGCUAUGUGUUGACCGCAUGUGAAUUGCAUUGAGGAUGAUCGACAUAGUACCUCAAUUUUUGUGAGGGUCUCA